CUCACUACUCGGCUUCGAAUCCAGGUCUCGGCUAUUGCUUUCAGCCAUCAUGAGUGAUGCUCUGUGUGGUCCCUCAAAUGCGCUUCAGAACUUCCAAAAGCACACUUCUGUCGACCGAACACUUCAGCAGGAUCGGUUGACUUCGCGACAAUCGCCAUCUCAGGGGUUUCGAUCCCAGAAUCCGAGCGAAGGAAUUCUUGACCCCGAGUUUGCUGCGUUUGAGUCCAACCUAGCAGGGCCAUAUCCGUUUCCCGAAAUUCAACACGCAGGUCCCUUAGUUGCACACACUCCGCCACAGUUUUCGGUCCCCAGUACUGCAGAAAGUGCCAACUGGGCAGCGGACUUUGAAAGGUUACAGAUCUCGAGAUCUUCGCACCCAAUCGCUCAGCAGCAUGCUCCAUCUGCAGCUUCGGCGUCGGCCCUGGCGCAGCAAGGAUGGCAGGAUGAGUUUCUGAGACAGCACCAGACUCCUGUUCAGCACCAGCAAUCCUAUGGUGGCGGCUUCCAGCCGUCUUUUGCACCAAGCUUUCCUUUACAUGGCGCACCGAUGAGUACUUUCCAACCUCCCCAAGAGACCGCAACAAACCAACAACCGGCGACAGAGACAUUCGAUGAAUCUGCAUUCGAAGCAGCAUUUGAACAGGCGAGGGCGGAUAUGGAAACACAAGCAAUCGAAGCAACACAGGCGGAUGCCAACAUCUCUCAUGAGUCUGCUCAACAGGGGGUAACCCUUGAGCCGCAAGUCCAUGAAGAGAUUCGGAUUGGAUCAGAUACUAUUCCUUAUGCCGACAAGGAAGAUGCGCAAGCACGAUCGAAUGAUGGGGAUGAGCUUGCCAAGACUGCAGGACAGUUAUUGGACAGUGUGAGCCACGAUCAAAGCCAGAAGUUUAAGCAAAGCAGCUUUCUUGCCCUGAUGCGACGCAUUCGAGACCGAGAGGUUCAUGUCGAAGGCGACGAAUUUCGCGAAGUCAGUACCCCGUGAUUUUCUUAGAUUUCGGUCGGGUGGCGUGGCAUGGCCGACUUUUCAGUCCCUUCACCCUGGCGGCAAAUACUACCCCGAAGGUCAAAAACAGCAGCAGCAACCGGCAUUGAGUCAUUCAACCCCUGAUUUGAACACUAGAAUUGCAUCAAAUGAGACUAGUAAGUUUGGCGAUAUACAGAACUCUGAUCUCACGCAACACCACAUCAAUUCGUGAAGAUCCCUAGUACACCCGACUGAAGGCAACUCUUCACCAGACAUCCCUCCAUAUGGCCCUUUGGAUCGAGAUACGAGACCGAAUAUCGUGGCCGAAGAACAGCAACGCAAAAAUACCC